AUGGGUGUCACAAAUAAGCGAACAAUCACCAAGACACGACGCAAGACUCGAGAUGUCGACCAAGUCAAGGCCGAUAUGCUGUCACCCAAGCAUUUGAAGCAAUUCAUGGAGACCAAGGCUGCCGAGGAUCUUCCUGGUCUUGGACGCCACUACUGCGUCGAGUGUUCCAAGUGGUUUGAGACAGAUGCUACCCUGAUUUCGCACCAAAAGGGAAAACCUCACAAGCGAAGAGCCAAGCAAAUUGCCGAGGGUCCCUACACUCAGAAGGAGGCUGAGGCGGCUGUCGGCUUGCGAACAGACAACGGCGACCGAACGCGCACUCUUGCCGACGACGACGACGAUGUUGCCAUGGAUGCUUAA